GUCGUUUUGAAAGCAGAGCCUCCCUCUUCUUCUCUCGCUCUCUUUUCCCUUUCCAAAACCCAAAACAUCCCGCUUCCGCCUCUUGAAAUCCUCACCCAUCUCUCUCUCCUAGCUUUCUUCUUCACAGAAAACUCGAGUGCUUACACUUCAUUAUACAGAGAAGAUAACCCACAGGAUAUUUUGCUCAUUCUUGUCUCUGGUAAUCGGCUUGGAUCCUCUGUUUCUCUAACACCAUGGCUCAGAAUCAGCUUCCCCCAAAUCUGGACGACGGUGAACUCUGGCUUCCCUCAGAUAUGUUUCUUAGUGAAAUUCCAUCCAAGUUAAACACAAACGUCCAUGGCCGCCACCAUAGUUUAUCCUGCAUGGACAUCGACAUGGACAACCUCUCCCAACAUUUCCAUCUCCUCUCUUUGCUCCAGCACGCCCCACCUAAAACAACCACUCGGCCCUUAAUGUCGCCAACUUUUGAGCGGUUUCAGCGGCCUUCUGCGUCGAGGAAUCAUAUAGCGGGAGCUCCUGGUUUUUUUGGGUUAAACGGCGCCGGUUUUGGAGUUCGUGAAAGAGUUCCACACGGCGGGCACGGAGCCGAACCAUUUUCCAAUCGGGUUAAACCGGUUUACGAAUUUCACCUUACAAAACCGACCCAAAUUCAGGUUGAGAGCUAUCUGCAACUGCAAGCAAGAGCUAGGGUUCUUCACAGGCAGGAAAACCGCUUAUCCAACAGGGUUUUUCCCGUAAGUGGUAUUGGGGUCCGUGGUUUUGCGAAGGAAUCUGGUGGAACUGGUGUUUUUCAUCCUCGCAUUCUUAACACCAGAGCCACUAACCCUAGCUCCAACACCAACACCAACACCAACACCAACACCAGUUCUAGAAUGGUCCAUGGCCCGAGAAAUAGGCAGCGAAAAGAGGUGCAGGUUGAUAAUCAACAAAGAAGGUUUACGGAAGGGAAAGGGGCUGUUGCUGUUGUUAGCAAGGCGGAGGACUGCUAUUACCAUCUUCCUCCAGAGAUAAGAUUGCCUAGGGACUGGACUUACUGAGUUUGGUUCGCCCUUUCUUUCUUCGACGCAAAGUGGGAAUCUUUAAAAUAUCAGUCGAGUCUUAAUAGAAUUAUGGUCUUAUGCAGGAGAGUAGAUAUAAGUUGAAUAAUUUUUUGGCUUGUGCAGUAGAUUCAAGAAAAAAACAAUAUAGGUGUCUUAGUAGCAGCAGCAGCAGUAACAAUAGUAGUAGAAGAUUUAGGUUUAUAUAAAAGUAGUCAGUGUUUAGGUAGGUUGGGUAUGUUCUGCUUUAAUACAAAGCUGUUCAAAAUUGCGGGUUGGAGCUGGGUUUGAGCCAGUUAGGCCAGAAGUUUAAAAGGUAGUGUGCAUUUCGUCUGUGUAACCUAAAGCUUUGUACAAAUAAAUAAGUGUUUUCAAGUGUUGUGGUGCAUAAACGUUGCUUCUUGGAA